AUGUCGACGGAACUCCAGCUGAUUCCGAUUCAUUCAACAACUCACGACGUCCUGACGGACCGAGCGACACUGACUCUGGAAGAUGACACCGCGAUUGUGUACCUGGGAGACAACGACGAGACGGAAAUAGUCGACCCAACGCUGUCCUCCAAAGUCGUCAAAAUAUACACGAAACGCAACAAGUCGUAUGCGUACUGCAUCCCCGAUGCCAUGGGGGUUGUGCAACUCAAUGGAAUUUCCAUGAUCAAAGGGGCUCGUUGCGCAAUCAAAGUGGGAGAUAUUUUGGCCUUGCGGUCGAGUAGUAGCAGUGACGAUGACGAGGACGCAGACUCAUAUUCCUACCGACUGGAGCAACCCAACGGCACUCCAGCAGCUGCCAGUGGCAACAAUGAUGAUGAUCAAGCCACCACCAUCGAGUCGGACGAUGCGGGGGCUGCUGCUUCCACAGAACAGAAUGCCGCUGCACCUGCCGCAUCACUACCGAAAGAGAUUGGAGAAGAAACCAUGUGCCCCAUUUGCAUGGAAAUCAUGGUCGAACCGCGAACAGUGGUGCCCUGUGGACACACCUUUUGCCGACAGUGCCUGACUCAACAAACCGAAUGCGCGGAAUGUCGGGGACCACUUACGGGGCAAGUUGUUUGCCGACCUUUGCAAAACUUGAUUGAGCAGUUGGUACAAAAUGGAUCUUCAGUCUUUGACCAGGAGGAUGUGGAGAGUUACAAGCAGCGUACACAAAAGGAUGGUGCGGCUGCAAACAACAGCGACAACAACAACAAUUUAUCGAGAAAGCGACGAAGGCGGCAAGCAGCACGGGCCAAUCGUCGAAAUAGAGCUCCGCAAGUCAUUGUGUGCUUGGACGAUUAG